AGGCUAAAUGUAGGAAUGAAAAUGGAAAACAUUUUACUAAAAGUAUCUUAAGCCUAUAUUUGCGUAUUUGUAACAAAAGGUGAUAAUUACUUUUUUUUUUUUUUUUUUAUUUAUUUGUGGUAAAAGGGCGAUUACUUUGGUAUGAUACAAGUAACCUAUCAAUUAUCAUUACGUCCCUUAUAUAUCUAGAACAUUUGUCUUGUUCCCGACUGGUUGUGAGACUACCGCUCUACAAUCAUGAAAUGUAGAUAGUAAACACGGGCACCAGUCUAGGUAUUUAUAGACAUUGGCCUUUUUCUCCGAAAGGAAGUAAAUCAGAAUUUCACAAAACGGAGAACGGAGGGAGGAGAAAACAAAGUUUCUUUUUCAUUUCUCAUUUAGUAAAAAGAAAUGGCAGUGUCGGGACGUAAAGUGUCAGAUAUCCACGGCUCAGCUUCACUAGGUUCUGCAGAGGACUUUGACAACAGUUGUGAACCUUGCCUUUUCGUUGGUCAGCAUGUAGGAGCGUAUGGAUUUUGUGUAGAAUGCCAGGAAUAUCUAUGCAAAAAUUGCUUUGAGUGUCACAAGAAGACAAAAGCCACACGGAAUCACCAGCUUCUUGAUAAAGACAACGUUGGUAAACAUGCCACUACCAAUAAAGAUUCCGAUGAAUGCACAGAAAAAUGUUCUGUGCAUAAAAAGGAAAUUAUUAAAUUCUUCUGUCCAACACACAAAGCGCUUGGCUGUAAUGACUGCGUCAUCUUGGAUCACAGGACAUGUAACAUUGACUACAUACCUGACAAAUGUGCAGAUAUAGGGGACAGCGAGGAAUAUAUGGAUAUCAUGAAGAAAUUAAAAGAAAAAAUGAAAGAAGCAGAAGAUGUUUUGAAGAAAGCUGAAGUGAGAGAUAAAGAGAUAGAUCAAUUCCAUGCUGGUAUUAUUAAGGAAAUCCUCAACUUCAGGAAGGAAAUAAAUGAGCGCCUAGAUCAACUUCAGCAAAAUAUUCAAAAAGAUGUUGACAAAAAGAAGGCCAACGAUAAAAAAAUAAUUCAGACGGUACUUGAUGAAUGUGCCAGUAUUUCUACUGACAUCAAGAAUUUGCAGUCAAGUCUACAAGCUAAUAAAAACGCACGGCAAAACGGGCAACUUUACAUCAAUAUUAAACGAGCUGAAUGCAAAAUAAAUUCAGAUGCAGUAAAGAAGACAGAUGAACAUUUAGCAAAGUCAGAUAUGCAAUACUCAUUUGAACGAAAUGCUGAUCUUGAAAACAUGUUGUCUAAACGCGACACAUUUGGGAAGUUAAAUCUCUCUUCUAGUCUGGUCGUUCCAACGAAGAAGAAAAUAUAUAAAGAAAAAUAUACCUUAACAUAUAAAGAAGAUAUAAAUAUAAGAACAAAGUCAGAUAAGUCUAACUGCUAUAUCACAGGAUGUGCUGUCUUGUCCACUAACAAACUGGUGCUGGCUGAUAUCUAUAACCGGAAGCUUAAAGUUGUAGACAUACAGAGUAAAGCUGUCAUAGAAGAGAAAGGACUUAACUCUGCACUAUGGGACAUUGCCGUAAUGCCUCGGGAUCAUAUUGCAGUAACAAUUUCAGAUGAGAGAGCGAUAUAUUUAAUGUCAACAUCCGGUCAGUUGUCAGAAGUCAAGAAGAUUCCAGUAAAAUGCAAAUGUAUGGGUAUAACUUAUCAUCAAGAUCAUCUCUAUGUUGUUUGUCAGAGCCCUAACAGUGUACUGGUACUGGAUACAAAAGGUAAUGUCCAGAACACAAUCUCCCUGAAUAAUGACAUAUUUAAUGUCCCACAAUAUAUUGUGGUAAGUGAGGAUUCCAGACAUAUCUAUAUCAGUGACUUUGAUAACAACUGUAUAGUCAGUAUAACAUUACAAGGUGAUGUAGCAGCUGUAUACAAACACGGGGAACUUGAAGGACCAGAGGGAAUGGUGAUGUUAGAUGAUGGAUCAUUGCUGGUGUGUAGCUUCUACUACCCUGGCCGAAUUCAUCAUAUGUCAGGAGACUUGAAGCAAGUUCAGAUAAUGACAGAUCGUCUAUCGGGACCAAAGUCUAUAUGCUACAGUCAUCAUCAUGAUGAAGUCUAUAUUGGCUGCCGGAAUGAUCAGCUGAAAGUGUUUAGUAUAAAAUGAACUACAUAAACAGCAUAAUAAACAUUAAAUUCCAUGUAAACAGUUAUCUCAUUACAAGUCGGUUUAUCAAUAAAUGGCUGAUGCUAACUUCUAUGUACAGAAAGAAUUGUGGUCAAAUUACAAAAUGACUUUGUAAAAAAAGAAACAUAUUAAUACUUUAUAUAUAGAAAAUUUAGUUUUAUAAUAUUCAUAAAAAUUAUGUAUUUGGUUUAAUUUCUUGAAUCCUAUAAUGAUAUAUUUAGCGUUGCAAAAUGUAAUCAAUAUGAUAACUAUGAUUUAUUGAUUUCUGAAAUGCAAAACUGAACAGUUUUGUUUGGGAAAUCCUUACAUAUAUAUGAUAUGUAAAAGUAAUUUCUUCCUAACAUGUUGCACUCUUAUUUAGCAUUUUCCUCUUUCCUCUUCUAAACAUGAUAUCUUUCCAAAAUUUGAA